GGGACACGUUUGCUUCUGGAUGGCCGUACAAUAGCGUGUCAGUGGCAUCACUGCCCAGGAACCCAACGCAUCUACAGCAUUGUGCAAAAUAGGUAUUGUUUCACGUAAUAGCAUGAUCUAGGCGAUUUUCGCUCUGAUAGACGCCAAACACUUGGGGUAAAAGCCUUAUACAACUGUUUUACCUGUCAGAGUACAUCGUCAAUAUCUGUAUUAAUAAUAGUUAUCGUUGCACUAACCUGGGCUUGGCGGGCAACGGUCGACUCCAGCUUUCAAAGCAACUCAGGAAUAAGUUACACAGCAACAGUCAUUUAGCGAAAUUGCAAUUGCUUGAUAUAAACUAGGGCAGUUACCUUUAGGCAGCUCGGCAGCGGGAAGCGGCGAUGGAAGAUGCGCUUGCCCGGCGUGAGCGGCUGAAAGCCCUACGCGCAGCGGCGCAAGCCACGGACGGCGACCAAGGCGAUGCCGCCGCGGCGGCCCCAGCUGCCGACGCAGAGCCGGAGAAGCCGGUGCUCAAGUUCCGCAAUUACGCAGUCCAGGACACGAAGCGGAUAGACCACGAGCGGGUAGCAGCAGCGCAGCCCCCUAAGUUUCAGGAGCCCGUUGUGGAAACCAAACCCGAGGAGCUGCCCCAAGAGGAGCUGCUGGUCAACAUCGCGCCCAAGAAGGCCAACUGGGACCUCAAGCGCGACGUGCAGCCCAAGCUCGACAAGCUGGAGCGGCGCACGCAGCGGGCCAUUCUGGAGAUGAUGCGCGAGGAGGAGCGGCGGAAGCUGGAGGAGGAGGGGGGCGUGCAGGACUAGGGAGGGAGGCGGGCAGGCGCUGGUAGGGGGCAUGCAGGCUGGAAGGGGGCCGGGCUAGAUGGGUGAUGUCACCGGUUAAAGAGGUCAGGUUUCCAGCGAACUGGGAGCGCAUGCGAAGGGGCGGUAUAAGAAGGAGCCCUGUGUAGGGCUGGGCGGGUCAUGCGGUGCAGUGAGGCCGCGCGCUUGCACAGUGCCAGGCCCCUGAUCUGCGUACAGGAGCGCAAUGUUGGUGGUUGCGCGCGAGAGGGGGGAUGCGCUGGUCACAGCUGCGUGAGGUGGGGUGAACAGCGGCAUGCAGCCAGGCGCGCUGGGGACGCGCGGAACAAUGCUAGUAGAGCGGUGUUCGUUGGGCACAUGCCAGCCGGGCGGUUGCUGAGGACCUGGCGGUUGCUGAAGGUGCUGGCAGUGCUGAGCUCUGCUUCACCGGUAUCGUGUCGCUGCACAGAGGGCAAACAUGUUAUGGAACUGGACUAGCACCGUGUUUCCCAGCGUUUCCCCUAUAGCCGGGGGCCCUUGUGGCUGGGCUCAUAGCAGCACCUGCUGCCCCUUGGCUGCUGCGAUGCUGCCCUGCGUGCGCUGCAUGCGAGGCGGUUUCGUGCUGUGCGGACCCGAUCCACGCUGGUGGGUUGAUGGUUGCGCGAUUGUGGUGGUAUCGUUGCAGCAGCAGCAGCCGUCCAAUCGAACACGCCCUGACUUGUCCAUUCGUUUGAUUGGCUCAUUGCAGCUCCUAUCUUUCAACUUCGUAUCCUG